UUCAUCUCAAAUCCCACUUGCCAUUGUAGCCGACGUGCCCGAUCGUCCAGGACUGCGCGAGUUUAACAGUUGUAUGUAAUCGUUAGUAGAAUGCGGUGCAAGUCUGACGCAUUGAUCAUUGCUGCGAUCGUUCCAGGACAGACCUGCAUGAAGAUUUAUGCAACAUUUUACAUUCGAGUCAUUUAGCAGACGCUCUUAUCCAGUGUGAUUUACAGUAGUGAGUGCAUACAUUUUUUCUUUAUUCUGAAAGCAUUCUAACAGUCAGAAACACAGGCCUAUAUUUGACUGAAACGCCACGCUUGGCUAACCGGAAUAAACCAACAAUAUCUUCCAACUAUUCCUCUUGCGGUUUGUUUGCUGUGAGUCAUUCAAAUGGACAAUAAACAUUCACAGGCGAUGGCCGAGACGGCGCAGGAGACCCGUCCGUCCGCCAAAGACUCACCUUUCUCUAUCAACAACCUGCUCAACUUCGACAGUAAACCUUCCAAACCGAAGACGCUUCUUGCCACCACCAAAGGGCUAUUGGAAGGAGGUUUCUCUCUCUCUCGGAUAGGUGAUUUAACUUUUCCUAGUUUUGACAUCCCAGCCCAGAGAUUUGGAUUAUCGGCGCACUAUUUGGAAGGAGCGUCGGCGUGGUGGUAUCCGUACGCGCUUGGCACAUCGGGACAGCAUCUAUACAGGACUGGAGGGUUUGAGAAGGCCAUCUUGAGAGACACACCAUCAACAGGCGGGGACCGAGACACACCGGAGCUGCUACGAAAAUCACCCGACCCGGACGACAAAAACAAAAAUACUAAUGAUAUCGUUCUGGAGGAGAGUGAUGGGGAUGAAGAACCAAGGAAGGAAAAAGAGUUGGUGGAUGACUGGAGGAAAAUUAAAGACGAAAACUCGGAUAAAAAAACGUGUCGGAAAAAGAAAACGCGCACAGUCUUUUCAAGGAGUCAAGUAUUUCGGUUGGAAUCAACGUUUGAUAUGAAACGGUACCUCAGUAGCUCGGAACGGGCAGGCCUGGCGGCAUCUUUACACCUCACAGAGACCCAGGUGAAAAUCUGGUUCCAGAACAGGAGAAAUAAGUGGAAAAGACAGUUGGCAGCGGAACUCGAAGCGUCCAAUGUGAGCCACGCCGCAGCCCAGAGGAUAGUCCGCGUACCCAUAUUGUACCAUGAGAACACCGGCUCAGAAACCGGGAGCGCGAGCGCUGGGAACGUGUCAGUCAGUCAGUCUCUAUUAACAUUCCCCCAUCAAAUGUACUAUUCACAUCCUCUAGUCACAUCCGUGCCGCUGCUGAGACCAGUUUGAGAGACUCAUUUAUUGUGUUGAUAUUUCUCACUGUAUUGUAACCUAUGUAUAACAAACAUAUAUUAGGCCUAUUUUUUUUUUUUAUCUAUGAAAAUAGUUGGUGUUGGAAUGGUAAAAAGGCUUUGUAUAUUGUACAGGUCUAUUAUGACAAAUGUUGUAUUUAUUAUUAUUAUUAUUUCCAUGUCCAAAACUGAAAUAUUUCCUUCUAUUCAAAUGAUUUCAUAUUCAAUUGUUGUGCGUCCAAUGUAAUCUGAACAUUUUGCCAUUUGGUAUUGAUAUCGCUUUGAUUUAACUGAUGGGUUUUAUAUGAUUUUUCUUUUAAACAGGGUGGAAACAUAUAGGUCUAUGUCUCCAUGUAGCCGAAGUCAUUUUACAAUGAAUUACAUCGAUGUUUUGUAUGAGAUUAGAACAAAUCCUAAGUAAAGUUAAUAUUUCAUCAUGUAUAGCCGUUUUAUGUGUAAUAGUUCUACUGUUCGCCUCACGUACACGAUAUAUGGCUCACAGCUGGAAAAACAACUACUACUUUGACCUAUAUCGUUAUAUAGAGCAAACAGUGAGGACAAAUCAUAUGUUAUAAUGUAUGGACAAUCAUACGCUAUACGUCUCACAAUGUUAUCGCAGAUUUUUACUUGCUGUCAAUUAGAAAUGUAAUUUAAAAAAUGUAAAAAAAUCCGUGAUGAGUUUCACCAAAUGGCCAAAACAUGGAGAGACAUACAUGUUGUCAUCUAUACCUUUUAAUAAAACGUGGGAUUUAUACGUUGGAUGUAUGUUUCCUAUCAAAUACA